GGUCCCUCGGUGACUGCCGAACCGGCGGUGGUUCCUGCGGUCCGGUCGUGUGGUUCGUCACUGACCGGUGUGCUAAACUCCGAUGCGGAGUGAUGUCAGCCCGUCGCACGUCCCUUCCAUCUUCAUCCACCUUCCGACUUCCCCAGCACAUCUCGAACCAUCACCCCAACUUCACGUCAACUCUUUGGAGUCGUCAGAAAUCGUCCUGAAGCCUCACACGACAACAUCACAAAGUUUGAAGCAGAAGCAUCUUGGAAACGUCAACAACAUGUCCCUCAGAACUCUCGGCGCAAAGGCGGCCGCGGCCUUGGACAAGGACCUCAUGAGUACUGGUGCCUUCUCAAUCGACCAGCUCAUGGAGCUUGCCGGAUUAUCCGUGUCACAAGCAAUUUACCGCGUUCACCCUCCCAGUCGGGGUCUAAACAUUCUCGUUGCAUGCGGCCCCGGUAACAACGGUGGCGAUGGCCUAGUGGCUGCCCGACACCUCCGUCACUAUGGCUACAAGCCAACUAUCUACUAUCCCAAGCGGAGCAAGAAUGAUUUGUAUCAGCGGUUGGCGCAGCAGUUGGUGGAUCUGGACGUUCCGUUCGUCGACGAUUUCCUCACGGCGGCGAAAUCUACUGAUCAUAUCGUUGACGCUAUCUUCGGGUUCAGCUUUUCUGGAGAAGUCCGGGAGCCUUUCCCCGCGGUGAUCAAGGCGCUCGAGGAGACAAAGCUGCCGGUCACUUCGGUUGACGCCCCAUCAUCGUGGGAUAUCGAAAAUGGCCCGCCUUCGUCCGGCCCCGGGAGCUCGUUCCAACCUGAGGUCCUUGUCAGCCUGACAGCACCAAAGCCACUGGUGAAGCAUUUCAAAGGACGGCACUUCAUCGGCGGAAGAUUCGUAUCGCCGGGCAUUGCUGAAAAAUACAAUUUGGAAAUUCCGCAGUACGAAGGCAUCGACCAGGUGGUGGAAGUUGAUAAUAACGGCCAGAAGCUGUAAAAUCCGUUAGUCGACUGAAUUUACCAAAUUUUACUGUGUAUUAGCCAAGGGCACUUACAGUCGGCUCUUGCUUUCUCUUUUUUUUCCUUUCCGAAGUUUCUCCCUAAAUGACCAAGCAGCCCCCCACGCGGCUAUUUGGACAAACAGGACUCGGACAUCGCCCGUCGAGCAUCUGCAUUGGGUGUACUACAACACCAAAUGGACACUCCAACAAAGGAGGAUGGUAUGCUUGACAAAAGGCGACAUAGACUAAGAAGAGUCUCCGACAGACUGGGCAAACAGAUUUGUGCUCAACACACAUGAAAGCCGAGUGAAACGGACGUUGAGCCUCUCGGACAGCGUGUGACGAGUGAUUCGGAGGGCGUUGUUUUGGAAAAGGGCAACAUGAGAGUAUUAUCCCGGAUUAAAAUGACUGACAGAGAGAAUAAUAGGCGAGGUGACCACAGAGGCAGUUGGAGAGCGUGCCAAACCGGUGGCCUUGGUGUGGCUGAUAUAAACAACAGCUGUGGCUGCCCCGCGACCUUGGUUCGGGUCAUCCAAUGGAGAGCAAAGUUUUGAAGGAAUUGCCACACGAUGGGUUCCACCAGGACCCCUUGCUGGGCCGGAGCGUUUUCGACGACGACGGACGUUGCGGACGGAGGAUAUCGAAGGCUUCUCUUCUGGUUGGUCAGUGCGGGCAGGGUCUUUGAACCGGGGCGGGAGAGGCGAGCCAGUACCGGAUAGUGUACGCAACGGACUCGACGGGAAGAAGAGUCUAGGUGGUGUAGGAUGUACGUUGUACCUGGGGGUGGAAGGGCGGGAAGAAGGCAACGUACGAGGGGCGAGUGAACUUGUGAAGGGAAAAGUGGAAGGGGAAGAAAGGUUGAGAUGAGAAGGGCAGGGCAAUGUUGGCGGCGGCGGAAUGGAGCGGAUAAGGCGAUGACAGUGAAGCACAGUUCUAGUCAUACUGGACAAAAUUGAUUUGUCUGGUUGGGCAUAUAUUUUGGUGCGUUUCCAUAUCCCGUUCUUUUUUCCACGGUAUUCUCCCCCUCUUGCUUGAGGUACUCUGUACUCUGUACAGUACACAUUGCCUGCCAUAGGUAAACCUUUUUUCUCAC